UUUUUUUUGGUCAGGCAAUAAAAUAAUAAUAAAUUCUCUGACUUCAUCCUCCUCCUCUUCUUCUUCUUCCUCUACACAGUAACACUGGUUCUGGGUUGUGCGCAGUCUCUGGUAUUUCCACCAUGAUUCCAAUUUCCAAGUAAUUUCUCUUCACUGUCACUUUCUUUUCUCUUAUUUCUUUGUCUUCUUCAAAUCUGGUUUUUGCUUUUCCAUUCUUUCUGGGUAUAGCCGAUUCAAAAGAAACUGUCUGGGCAUAAACCAGUUGAGUAUUGCACCUGUUCUGCGAUUCGUUUGGGUUCACUUGAAAACCGAUGUUUCGUAUCGUGAAGCGUCCGUUUUUUAUAACAAUUAUAACAGGUAAACCUUUAGAAAGAAUACAGUCAGUUGUAGGUUAUUCUAGUGUUGCGGCAGCUGAUAAUCUUCAUAUGGGUAUUGGAAAAAUGACAUUGGCGAAGGACUUAGCCUGUCUCAUAGGAAAUAAUUCUAUUGAAGUAGAUGCUGGAAAACCCAAAAGUAGAAUGGAGCUCAAGAGGUACCUUGAACUCCGGAUUAAGAAGAGGGUGAAGGAGCAAUACAUAAAUGGCAAGUUUCAGGGUCUGGUAUCUAAUGUCAUUGCCAACACAAAAACUCUUCAGGAUGCUUAUAAUUGCAUUAGACUCAACUCAAAUGUUGAUGUGGCAGUAGGCAACGACAACAUCUGUUUUGAAUCCAUGGCUAAAGAGCUGCGUUGUGGGAAUUUCGAUGUCAAUGCCAACACCUUCUCUAUCUCAACAAAAGGUACGAGGAAAGAAGUUUUGGUACUUCCCAAUCUAAUGCUGAAGGUCGUUCAGGAAGCCAUCAGAAUUGUUUUGGAAGUUGUUUACAGGCCCCAUUUCUCUAAAAUUUCACAUGGUUGUCGAAGUGGGAGGGGGCACAGAACGGCUUUGAAGUACGUCAGGAAAGAGAUUUCUUCUCCUGAUUGGUGGUUUACUGUUCUCAUAAACAAGAAACUAGAUGGCUGUAUCCUGGAUAAACUACUAUCAGUGAUGGAGGAGAAGAUAGAGGACCCUAGCUUAUAUUGUAUUAUCCGAAGCAUGUUUAAUGCCCAGGUGCUCAAUUUGGAGUUUGGGGGGUUCCCAAAAGGUCAAGGUCUACCACAAGAGGGAGUAUUAUCGCCUAUUUUAAUGAAUAUAUAUCUUGAUCUCUUUGAUCAUGAAUUUUACAGAUUGACAAUGAAAUAUGAAGCUUUGGAUCGAGAUAUUGACACUGCUCAAAGGUCCUGCUCCAAGUUGCGUGGCUGGUUUAGGAGGCACCUGAAAACCAAUGAUCGGAGCUGUGUGGAUGAAGAGAUUUUCAAUGUAAAAAUUCAUUGCUGUCGCCUUAUGGAUGAGAUACUUUUUGCAGUUUCUGGUUCCAAAGAUGUUGCUCUUGACUUCAGGACCGAGAUUCUUAAUUACUUGAAGAUGUCUUUGUACUUGGAUAUUGAUGAUCAAACAGAAAUAUUUCCAUGCUAUGGUCCACGUGGAAUCAACUUUCUUGGCACUUUGAUUAAAAGGCGAGUGAAAGAAAGUCCUCGUAUGAAAGCUGUCCACAAGUUAAAGGAAAAAGUUGAGCUAUUUGCUAUACAAAAACAACAGGCUUGGAAUGCUGGGACAGUGAGAAUAGGGAAGAAAUGGUUAGCUUAUGGUUUGAAGAAGGUCAAGGAGUCAGAGAUUCGGCAUUUAGCUGAUUCUAACUCUGUUUUGAGUCAGAUUUCCCAUUUGCGUAAAUCUGGCAUGGAGACUGAUCACUGGUACAAGCACUUGCUAAAAAUAUGGAUGCAAGAAGUUAAUGUGAAAGCAGCUGAGAGUGAGGAUUCAAUUUUGUCGAAGUAUGUUUCAGAACCGGCCAUGCCCAAAGAACUUAGGAACUCUUUUUAUGAAUUUCAAAAGCGUGCUGAAGAGUAUAUUGUUUCUGAGACAGCUUCUACUCUAUCCCUUUUGCCAAAUUCUGGUUCUUCUGUUAAACCUCUAAUCAAAACUGAGAUUAUUGCUCCAGUUGAUGCCAUAAAAAAAUGUCUUCUACGAUAUGGAUUAACCACAUCCAAAGGUUACCCUUGUGCAUCUUCUUCACUUAUUUUACUAGACAGCAGUGAAAUCAUUGACUGGUUUUCUGGCAUUGUUCGCCGUUGGCUUAGAUGGUAUGGUGAAUGUGAUAACUUUAGUGAGAUAAAGCUCUUAAUUGCUCAUCAAAUUAGGAAGUCUUGUGUUCGAACUCUGGCAGCAAAGUAUCGUAUGCAUGAAAAUGAGAUAGAAAAUAAGUUUGACACAGAACUGAGCAGGAUACCAUCUACUCAAGAUAUAGAGCAAGAGAUGGUGGAUGAAACAUCAGCUACUCAAGCUUAUGAAAAUGAUGAGGCAUUGAUGUAUGGGAUUUCUUACAGUGGCUUGCUUUUACUGUCUCUAUCAAGAAUGGUGAGCCAGUCAAGGCCUUGCAGUUGUUUUGUUAUGGGAUGCUUAGCUCCGGCACCAUGUGUUUAUAGUCUACAUGUGAUGGAAAGGCAGAAGUUUCCAGGAUGGAAAUCAGGGUUUCCUAGUUUUAUCCAUCCCAGUUUGAAUAGAAAGAGAAUUGGGCUGUGUAAGAAACAUUUAAAAGAUUUAUAUCUUGGUCAUAUAUCACUUCAGUCCAUUGAUUUUAGUUCGUUCAAAUGUAAUGAGAAUGUCAGGUAGCAGCCACUUUCACAGUUAUUAACUGCUAUGACUGCUGUUAUGGAGGCUUCCUCAGUGUGCCAUCCUUGUUCUCAUAAAGUUGAAGCUACAGCUGCUGAUAUGGAAGCUAGUACAGAAAGCAAGAAACUUUUUAAACCUAAUUACCUUUCCUGGUAAGUACUAUAGUUAAAUAUUUAUAGUUAAUCUGAACCAUGGAUAUGGUAUUUCUGUUGAUUGGUAUCUGAUUUGUUUUAGCCUGCUGAAAUUUUUCAUAGAAAUACCUUCGGGGAAAUUUUCAUGAUUAAGACUAGUGUCCUAAGGAACUUCAUGACAGAAAUGAGAUUGUAAGUCUCGUGAAUCGCAUUGCAUUCUUGCUUCUUGAAUCCUUAAUGGCCCCAUUAUUAACAAUUGAUAACAUGAGUUUAUUGUUUUCGCUGUCUACAAAGAUGUUACUAGUGGUCAGAUUUUCUUCUUCACUGAUUUAUAAGAACUAAAUAAUUUGGGUAUUAUGAAAUAAAGCACUUUCUAGAAAAGCGGUUCUUUGAAUCAACUGUGAAUUCAUUUUUUUCUGCAUAAAUUCUAAAAGACAAAGAAAUACGAUAACUUAAGGCAGAGGAAACUCAUUACUGUUCAGCUUUUUCUACUUCAUGUGUUCAUGCUUUCCUGGUUGAGUUCUUGUAAAUUGCUAUAAGAACUCUGUUCCUAGGUUCUGUUAUUAUAACUCUUAUAUUCUUCCACUUCAGAAACGACUUCUGAAGCUACUCACUUUAAUUUUUUACUGUCCUAGGGAAGUUGUUUAAAAUUCAUUUUAGCACACUAGGGGAAUAGAAUAUUGUUGCUGAAUGUAAUAAAUUUCAGUUACUAUAUUUCUGUCAUGAUCUGACUUGAUUGUUAUAGUCUCAUGUGCAUGUUGACAUCAAAUUUCCUGCAAUAAACAGGGAUAAUUCUUCUACAAAGGGUAACUUGUUGCUGUCUGACGACUUCUGUCAGGACUUUAUUUUUAUUUUUAUGUUCCUUAUCCUGAAGUCAAAGUUUUUCCUUUAAGGAGUAAAGUGCAUUUCAGCUGCCAAUGGUUGGAGUUUGUAUCAUAUCUUUUACCAACUUUGUGCUGGUGCUCCUAUGAAGCUUAAAGGCAGUACUCUUUAGUUAGUUGAUCUAUUAUGGUUUCUCCAGCAUUUUGGUUGCUAUAUAACCAUACCUAUUUCCCAUAAAACUUGUCUGUUUCAAUGUACACUCUAAUGUUGCAGAUGGAAGUUGGCAUGCUUACCUGAUGAUUUGGAUCCACCACUCCAUACCUUGCACAAAGGAUUUUCCACGUCAUAUUAGUGAAAUGAACAGUAUUAAAGUGGAAACUGAGUCAAACAAACUAGAUGGUUUUGUGGAAACUCAAUUUUAUUAAAUCCCCAGUCCUUGAGAGCAUCAACAGCAAAUUAGAAUCACUGAGUUUUUUCCCAUUCUCCCUAACUGCAUUUUAGAAUAAGGUUUAUAUGACAAAUUUUUGAUGAGCAAUGAUAAUCCCACUUGUGCUUAUGUAGUUGGCACUGGACUUUUACGUGUAGUUUCCAUAUCUAGUUUAGCAAGAUCAAUUGCUUUUUCAUUGAGUUAUAACCAUCGAAAGUACACUGUUCAGAAUUAAAUACAAACCUAAUACUAAAUUUUUUCUUUGAGCAUGAAUCAUCUUAUAUGGCUAGUUAGUACAAGUGCAAGUAUCUUAAUCAAAACCAUUUUUUAGCAGUUGAUAGCAGUGGCACCAAUGAUGCUCAGAAACUCUGUAAGCUCAUGGUUGGUGAGACAGUGUAUUUUGUUAUUACAGUGUUAAUCGCAUAAAAGAGAGUGAAAUUUGACAUUAUCCAGAGCAUAAGAAGAUUAUGCUGGAGCAUCUUGAUCAGCUUAAUUUGGUACAGGUUAGCUGAGCAAACACAUGUACCCUGUUCAGAUCCAGAUGCAGGAAGAACUUGGGUCAUUAUAUUCUAGAACAACUGCAAAAGUUGUGGACUCGUUAGGGCUGUCUGUUCUCUCUAGUUAGUGCAUUACCUUCUUUGUUAUUUGAUCAAGUGGAUGAGAAACCAUGUAAUUUGGUAUAAAAAUUGUGGAGACGCCUUUGCUUGCCCCAUGAACACAAGAGAUAUAAGAGGAACGUGUGAUUUGAAUUAUUGAAAAGAUGCCCAAUGCAACACCAUCUGUGAAGAUAGCCUACUUAUAGUUCUAUUUGGUUAAGGUUUGGUAGCAGGGAAAUGAAAUGAAAAUCACAAACCUCUACUUGUUCAGGGUAAAUAAAAGUCAAUUGUCAAUC